AAUCCAUUUUCGUUCUACUUCACUGUUGCAAUUAUUAACUGAACCGUUGUUUCUUCCUCGUGGCGUAUGCCGUCUAAUUCGGGUGAAAUUCUUAAAAUUUAAUUUGUGAAUUGAAAGAUCAAGACGCCUAAUAUUAAAGGUCCAAGAUGUUGAUGCCAAAAGCUCAUCGUAUUGCUAUUUAUGAAUAUCUAUUCAAGGAGGGUGUGAUGGUUGCCAAGAAAGAUUUCAAUGCACCUAAACAUCCAGAACUCGAAAAUGUACCAAAUCUACAUGUCAUCAAAGCACUCCAGUCCUUAAAGUCUAAAGGAUUAGUUAAAGAACAAUUUGCAUGGCGCCAUUAUUAUUGGUAUUUGACCAAUGAAGGAAUCCAAUAUUUAAGAAAUGUAUUGAAUUUACCUCCAGAAAUUGUACCAUCAACCUUGAAACGACAGGUUCGAUCAGAAACAACAAGACAGAGGCCCAGAGCUCCUGAUGCUGCUCCUAAAACAACUAGUGAUCGAGAAGGUUACAGAUGGGCACCAGGUGGUCCUGAUAAGCGAGGAGAAGUUGGUUUGGGAUCAGAAGCUAAGCUUGAAUUUAAAGGAGGAUUUGGUCGUGGACAGAAGCCACCUCAGUAAAUCAUUGUAAUGUAAAAAAAAUAAUUAAAAAAAUUCUUCUACA